AUGGCUAUCAGCCACAGUAGCCACCUGUUCGUGCUUGUGGCAUUUGUCUUCUGCCUUCUGUUGCCAUUCAUUCAUGUCUCGGAUUCAUACAAUUACACCGACUCAAGACAGUUCGAGAAGAACCUCGCAAUUCCGAGGCACAGGAACACAUACAACCGUAUUCAGCGGUUACCGAAUUACAACUGGAAACCACCUGACAAGUACUAUGGCCCGAGGUAUUCCGGGAAGAAUCGACGGAGAAAAACCUGGGGAUGGAAUUUACAAAACUCGAGGAUCCGGAACAAAGGACGGAGGAUCCGUGGAUAAAGAAAAUGCAGGAGAUAAGCCGACAGGAAAGAGAAAAAUGGGCAGCGUAUAGAAGAAACGUGAAACUUACC